UCUUCAGUCCGCCUUCCAGCCCCGUCAAGAAAUCAAAAUCUAAACAGAGAGACAGAGACAUGGCGACGAAUGGUACUAAAGGCUCUGAUGGACACGUUCUAACGGAGGUGAAUGCCGAGCCUAACGACAAACCCAAAACUUUGGUCGUCAAAGUCCAGAAAAAGGAACUUCCCGAAAGAGAGAACUGGACUGGAAAAUUUGACUUUCUCCUGUCUUGCGUCGGUUACGCAAUUGGACUCGGAAAUGUCUGGAGAUUCCCUUAUCUAUGUGGGAAGAACGGAGGAGGGGCCUUCUUGAUUCCCUACUUUUUGACGCUCAUAUUUGCUGGUAUGCCCCUGUUUCUGCUCGAAACGUCCCUCGGUCAGUACACAUCGAUUGGAGGGCUUGGAGUGUGGAAACUGGCUCCAAUGUUUAAAGGUGUUGGUCUGGCCGCUGCAGUCCUUUCUUUCUGGCUAAAUAUUUAUUACAUUGUCAUCAUUGCCUGGGCCAUAUACUAUUUGUGGUCCUCCUUUACUACCGAGCUACCAUGGCAAUCAUGUGGAAAUUCUUGGAACACAGAGCGGUGUUACACCAACUACAGCAUCCUGAACGCUGCCAACCUCACCAGCGCUGUUCAGGAAUUCUGGGAACGUAACAUGCACCAGUUAACAGAUGGCCUGGAGAAGCCUGGGGAGAUCAGAGCGCCUCUGGCCAUCACGCUGGCCAUCGCCUGGGUCCUCGUCUAUUUCUGUAUCUGGAAAGGUGUCGCUUGGACUGGGAAGGUGGUGUACUUCUCAGCGACGUACCCCUACUUCAUGCUCUUCAUCCUCUUCUGCCGCGGAAUCACUCUCCCCGGAGCCAUCGAUGGAAUCCUCUUCUAUAUCACGCCCAACUUUGAAAAGCUCAAGGAAUCAGAGGUGUGGUUGGAUGCUGCCACUCAGAUCUUCUUCUCCUAUGGGCUGGGGCUGGGAUCACUGAUUGCUCUGGGAAGCUACAACCCAUUCAAUAAUAAUGUUUACAGAGAUUCUGUCAUUGUGUGCUGCAUCAACUCGUUCACCAGCAUGUUCGCUGGCUUAGUAAUCUUCUCCAUUGUGGGCUUCAUGGCCAACGUGACUAAGAGGCCUAUAAUAGAAGUAGCAGCCUCAGGUCCUGGCUUGGCGUUCUUGGCCUACCCCGAAGCAGUAACCCAGCUGCCUAUCUCUCCUCUCUGGGCGAUCCUCUUCUUCUCCAUGCUGCUGAUGCUGGGAAUCGACAGUCAGUUCUGCACGGUGGAGGGCUUCAUUACUGCGCUGGUGGAUGAGUUCCCCAGGGCUCUGAGAGGAAGAAGAGAACUCUUCAUCGCUGCCGUCUGCCUGGUCUCUUAUAUCAUCGGCCUGUCCAACAUCACACAGGGUGGGCUAUAUGUGUUCAAGCUGUUUGACUACUAUUCGGCCAGCGGAAUGUGCCUGCUCUUCCUGGUCUUCUUCGAGUGCGUCUCCAUAUCCUGGUUCUACGGUGCCGAUAAGUUCCUUGCCAACAUUGAGGAGAUGAUUGGCCACAAGCCCUGCCUGUGGUGGAAGCUCUGUUGGGUCGUGUUUACUCCUCUUAUUGUGGCUGGAGUGUUCCUGUUCAGUGCUGUCCAGAUGGUUCCUCUCACCAUGAACAACUAUGUGUUCCCCGCCUGGGGCCAGGGAGUGGGCUGGUGCAUGGCGUUGUCCUCCAUGCUCCUGAUACCUGGAUACAUGAUCUAUAUGUUCCUCAACCUCAAGGGGGAUUACAAAGAGCGUCUGCGGAUAAUGAUCCAGCCCCCGAUGAUGGUGAAAGGAGAACGCCAGGAGAACGGUCCUGAGCAGACUGCAGCAGAAGCAGAGAACCUGGCCCCAGCCACCGAAGAGGCUUACAUCUAAACCUUGUUACAUCUAAACCCACGCCUCGAGGCAAACUCUCUGCAGAAAACAACGUAAUCAAGGUGAAACGCAACCAAGGGAUUCGUCUCAAAUGGCACACAAUUCCCUAUGUAGUGCACUACUUUUGACCAGGACCAAUAUGGGUAGUGUUUCAUAUAGGUACUAUUCCAUAUGGGCCCUGGUCAAAAGUAGUGCACUACAUAGGGAAAAGUGUUCUAUUUGAGAUGCAAAAAAAAUGACUUUGAUGUCUGAUAUCUAAUCACCUACCUCCAGGGGAAACAUGUGACCAACCUGAUUACAAUUUUGUUUUCUUUUAAUUUUUUUUAUUUUAUUUUAUUUUUGUUGGUUUGUAAAAAAAAAAGUGAAACAGAAAGAAGAAAGUUAAAGUAGAUUAACUAGCCAGAUCAGAAUGAAGGAAGGCUAUGUUACAGGACACGCAUUAGGUUAUUGUCAACGGUUCUAUUUCAUAUGCAAAACAUUUUAGUCUUUCUGAAAUUAUUACCUAGAAAAUUACUGUAAUUUGAAUUAUAAUUUAAAUUUGGAGGCCCAAUAUGAUUCAACACUACCUUGCUAAUUUAAGAUAUUUACUUAAUUAAUCUAUUAAAAAUACAAUUAUUGUAAAAAGGUUAUAUAUAGAUUAUAAUUCAUAUGUUUGUAUUUAAAAGAAAUACAGAAAAAAGGAAUGGAAUGUGUUACAGUAAGUAGUCAAAUAAAUGCAAAACGAAAGAUGCAUAGUGGAAUUGAAUAUUGACCAAUUAUAAGCAAUGACCAUUAUGGGAAAGUGCAAACUGAAAGGCCAAAUCUCCAUUUCUAUGUAUAUAAUAUUACCACUCCUUUCCAAGACCCUGCCAUUUUUACCCCUAUUUUACCCCUUACUUAUUUUCCGGAACAACCUUUGAAAAGCACAAAGGCCAGUGUGGAUCUCAAAUCAUCCCAUUCGGUAUGACUAUUACAAAAUGCAGAUUAACAUUACAUACCAGAGACUGUUACAAUUGUAUCUUUGUUUUCUAAAGAACAAUAACUUUUUUUUUUAAAGAAUCAUUUGUAGGAUGUGUUCUAUGUAAGAGUGAGAUGGACCAAAAUCAUACGCAUGUUAAUAAACAACAACAACAACAAGAUUAUCAACCUAUUGACAAGAGACAUAUCCUUCCCAUCCCGUCAGAUAACACAGUUACUAUAAUCAUUAUUAUCACAGAAGCAGCAUUUGAGCAGUGACUGCAUGUCAAUUCCUUCUAACAACACAGAGAUACUGUUUAAUGUCAAACUUGUUUGCCACAUUAGUCCAGACCUCAGGAACAGUUGUGAAAAGUGACCAAAUUAUCUGACGAAACUACUGAGAUGAUAGCCAGUCGUCAGUUGUUAGUCAAUCAUUCUAGUCCUAGUCUGACUGUGCAGGUUUCCAAUGUCAGGUUCUGAGAGAGAAGCGUUAUAGAUGGACCAUAACCUAAAUGGACCACAAUCUAACCUGGUCUGAAACCAUAGGCCAAUAUUACUACUGAAAUUAUACUUUUUUUUCCUUUUUUUUUUCUUGUUGAAAAGGAAACAUUAAUUAUCAAGUUGUUUUUCAAUAAAUAAAUAUAUAUAGUACCAAUCAAAACUUUAGACACACCUACUCAUUCAAAGGUUUUUCUUUAUUUUUACUAUUUUCUACUUUGUAUAAUAAUAGUGAAGACAUCAAAACUAUGAAGUAACACAUAUGGAAUCAUGUAGUAACCAAAUUGAGAUGAUUUGGGAGGAGUUGGACCGCAGAGUGAAGGAAAAGAAGCCAACAAAUGCUCAGCAUAUGUGGGAAACUGGUUGAGAGAAUACCAAGGCAAAAGGGUGACUACUUAUAUAUUUCUUUAACACUUUUUUGGUUACUACAUGAUUCCAUAUGUGUUAUUUCAUAGUUUUGAUGUCUUCACUAUUAUUCUACAAUGUAGAAAAUAGAAUAAAUAAAGAAAAAAAAACUGAAAUGAGUAGGUGUGUCCAAACUUUUGACUGUACUAUAUAUAUAUUCAUAUACAUAUAUAGACCGAUUUAUAUAGUAAUUCCACAAAUGAUCAAAGUUGUAUUUCUAUAAGGAUAAAACUAGUUUGUUUCCUUGGCAGCUACAAAUGACAAGGAUCUGGUUUAAAUGAGUCAUUUUAGUCUCCGCAAAGAUUAUACAACUAAAAUGUGCAAUGAAUAAGGUUCCCAUUAAUUUUGUAUAAAGUUACUAUACUGCAGUUUUCUGUCUUAAAUGAUGUUGUAAAACUCUACUGUGUUAUACAUGUAACUGUGAAUGUCCAUAUGAGGUUUUUUUGUCUAAAUGUUGAAAAAAAAUCGGAUAUUAUUUGCUGUUUUCUGCAAUAAUAGGAUUAAGGAUUAUCUCAGAAACUAAAGCACAUAUCUUAUAUCUUAUAUUAUAUAUAUCUUUCUGAAAUGUAAAAAAAAUAAUAGAUACACUGUCUAGUCAAAGAAUCUUGUUUUGUAUAUUUCUAACAGUUUCAUGGGCCUAAUGUAAAAUAUUCUAUGUACAAUAUAUAAUACAUGUCGUUAGAUGGUGUUAUAUGAAAAAGCAUGAUUGCCAUAUAUGUUAUCUGCAGAAGUAAAUAAAGAACUAUAGAUUAUAA